AUGGGUCUCCUCUCCUAUGUAGGCCUUCGGCGCCGCAAUCAAUGGGAGCCCAUGACUCUCAUCGAUCACUUCAUCUCGUCUCCUCUAACAUACAUCGCCUACUUAUUCUACCAUAUUGUCCUUCUUCUCCGCGGCCGUCCUUUUCUUCCGCCUCGCAAUAAGCCUGCUAUUCGCGUUGUCUGCAUCUCCGACACGCAUGAUCUCAGAGUCGACAUUCCCAGGGGUGAUAUUCUCAUUCAUGCAGGCGAUCUCACAGAUGGCGGCACCGUAUCAGAUAUUCAGAAGCAGCUCGACUGGCUCAAGGAACAGCCUCACCCCAUCAAAGUUGUCGUUGCGGGUAACCACGAUAGCUGGUUCGAUCAGAAGAGUCGCCCUGAAGAGGAUGCGCGCUCAGGUGCCAAGCCUAACAUGGAUGGUCUGAUUUAUCUUGAGAGCGGUUUGACUGUGCAAAAGGUCAAAGGUCGAACAGUCAACAUCUUUGGUGUGCCUGAUAUCCCAGAAAUCGGCCCUAAAGAGUUUGCUUUUCAGUAUGCUACAGACAACCAUCCCUGGUUGAGCAAGGUGCCGCCUCAGACUGACAUCCUCGUCACUCAUUGUCCUCCGAAAUAUCAUCUCGACCUUGGUCUAGGCGACAGCAAUCUCCUCCGUGAAGUCUGGCGUGUGAAGCCUCGCCUUCAUGUCUUUGGUCACGUUCAUUGCGCCUAUGGCAAAGAACCUGUCUUUUUCGAUAACUUCCAACAGACAUACGAGCGCAUCAUGUCACGGCCCCGUCGUGGUCCCAUUCUAGAUUUCAUCCCCAAUGAGGCUUGGCUUGAUUAUCUACGCUUCCUCGCUCAAGGAAUUCAUGCUGUGGCUUGGAAGUGGAUCAUGUCGGGGCCUGGAAGUAAUAAUGGUAGCUUGAUGGUUAACGCUGCCCAGAUGAAAGGAAACUCAGGCAAGGUUAAGAGUAGGGCCGUUGUCGUUGAGAUUUGA